UGACUAGGGAAUGGGUGUCGUCACAGCGCUUGUUGAUAGGUACCGCCGUUUUUUGCUGAACUGGGCUAGAGCUGAAACUGGGCUGUGUACACACAGACAUAGCCAAGCAAAGAGACAGCGACACUAGAGAAGCGAGGGCUGAACUUCAGGCAAUUUUGUUCGGUAGUCUCGAUUGACACACAGACGCAACGCAUGCAUUGCACUUGCUGGAGAAAAGGGAAAGGCGGUUGGUCUGAAACAAAGGACUUGGACUCAUGAUUUAAAAAUUCUCAAGACUGUCGGGCUGACAAAGAAUUUUAAGGAGCACUUCCAGAAGAGACCGUUUACAGGACCAUGCGACUUGUGCGCUUUGUAGCCUAAUUAAUCUGAAGUCAACUAAACGGGUAACUACCGGUGAAAAUAAAAACCCUUAGCUUACUAGCAACACAGUAGAUCGACCCUCUGCAUCACCGUCGACAAUAAAAGACUUUAUGCAUGGCUGGCAAAGAAGACCACCGAAACGAGUUAAAAUCUCGUUAAUAAAUCAGUUAUUCGCCUUUGUAGGGGAAACGUACAGGACUGGGCGGUACAAAUGUAGUGGCCAUUGUUUCGAAGGAAUUGUAUCAAGAAAGUCGAUGUACUCGUUUUUAAGGCGUGACACCAACAAAGGGACGUGAAAACUCGCAUCAGCACCAGCGAAUACACAGACGCGCAAUAACCACCAGUCGGUUUGCCUUUGCAAUAUAGACGUGUUGCGUUCCUUUUGCUUUCUUCAUUGUGGAUGUGUUUCUGCUUUUUCUGUUGUUGGUCACCGCGCGACGGGUUUACCCGAACCGAAACCAAAGAAUCUGUAGACAGUUGGGCUGGAUCCACAGUAUUUACAGAAAUAUUUGCGGGUCAUUUAAAUCCCCGAAGUCUGGUUCUAAACAAAAGUUGCAAUUGAGGGCAUGUCAUAAAGACUGUGUAUUGGUUUGCUAUCGAACAGAAAAAGAAAACAAGAGAGACGAGCAGAACCCAAAAUAACAGAAAUACGUUCGCGAAAGGAGAGACUGGAAGUGAGACGUGGCGAAGAACGCCGCAAAGAUUCCUGAGGUGAAUGACCGUUAAAGGGCUCUCUCCAUGGAUAUAGACACAGACUAUGAGCGGCCGAACGUUGAGACCAUAAAGUGCGUGGUUGUCGGGGACAACGCGGUGGGCAAGACCCGCCUCAUCUGUGCCCGCGCCUGCAAUGCCACCCUCACACAGUACCAGCUGCUCGCCACCCACGUGCCAACCGUCUGGGCCAUCGACCAGUACCGCGUGUGCCAGGAGGUCCUGGAAAGGUCGCGGGAUGUGGUGGACGAGGUGAGUGUCUCCCUGCGGCUUUGGGACACGUUUGGCGACCAUCACAAAGACCGACGCUUUGCAUACGGCAGGUCUGACGUGGUCGUGCUGUGCUUCUCUCUGGCCAACCCCAACUCGCUGCGCCACGUGCUCACCAUGUGGUUCCCCGAGAUCAAGCACUUCUGCCCCCGCACCCCCAUAAUCCUGGUGGGCUGCCAGCUGGACCUGCGCUACGCCGACCUGGAGGCCGUCAACCGCGCCCGCCGCCCCCUGGCAAAGCCCAUCAAGCCCACGGACAUCCUGCCCCCAGAGCGAGGUCACGAGGUGGCCAAGGAGCUGGGCGUGCCGUACUACGAGACCAGCAUCGUGGCGCAGUUCGGCGUCAAGGACGUCUUCGACAACGCCAUCCGCGCCGCCCUCAUCUCGCGGCGCCACCUGCAGUUCUGGAAGUCCCACCUGAAGAAGGUGCAGCGCCCCCUGCUGCAGGCGCCCUUCCUGCCCCCGCGCCCGCCCCGGCCCGUGGUGGGCAUCCCGGACCCGCCCGCCAUCGACGGCGAGGGGCCCGACUCGCUCUUCUGCCUGCCCCUGUGCGCCGACGUCCUCUUCGUCCUGCAGGGCGGCGCCACCCGCGUCUUCGCCCACAAGGUCUACCUGGCCACGUCCUGCUCCAAGUUCUACGACCUCUUCGCCAUGGACCUGGGGUGGGCCGGGGAGCGGGGCGGCGGCGGGGGGGACAGGGGGGACGACGACGAGGACGACGGAGGGGAGGGGAGCGAGAGGGAGGAGCAGAGCCGGCGGGAGGCCAAGGAGCAGGCGGGGCGGACCAAGAGCCUGGACAUCGACAAGGACGGGGAGGGCCGGCCGCGGGGCCACAGGCAGCCCCUCCUGCCCCAGCAGGGCUCUCUCAGGACUUCCCGGAGCGACAACGCCCUCCCCGCCAGCAGCCACUGCUGUUCGGGGCCCCUGGGGGCCGGACGGGCCCUCGCGGGCUGGGGCCGGGGCUUCCUCAGCGUGCGCAUUGAGCACGUGGAGGACCCCAUGACCGGCCGGCCACGCCUUAUGACUGUGGUGUCCAUGGACUGCCUGAUCCAAAAAGAACCCUUCCAGGCGGUGCUGCAGUACCUGUACACGGGCAGCCUGGACGAGGGCCGGAGCGACCUGAUGCAGGUGGCCACCAUCGCGGAGCUCCUGGAGGUCUUCGACCUGCGCAUGAUGGUGGCCAACGUGCUGAACCGCGAGAGCUUCAUGAACCAGGAGAUCACCAAGGCCUUCCACGUGCGACGGGCCAACCGCAUCAAGGAGUGCCUCAACAAGGGCACCUUCGCUGAUGUGGUGUUCCGAUUGGACGACGGCUACCUCCCCGCCCACAAGCCCCUGCUGAUCUCCAGCUGCGAUUGGAUGGCCGCCAUGUUCCGCGGGUCCUUCAUGGAGAGCUACGUCGAGGAGGUGUCCAUCCCCAGCACCAGUAGUGCGUGUAUGCGGGCGGUGUUGGAGUACCUGUACUGCGGCCUGCUCACCCCCAGCCCUGACCUGCAGCCCAUGGAGCUCAUCAUCCUGGCCAAUCGGCUCUGCCUGCCCCGCCUCGUCGCCCUCACAGAGCAGCACGCCGUGGACGAGCUGCUCCAGUCCGCCGUCAAGGGCGGCGACGUCGACGGGCAGGUGCUGGCGUACCUCGAGCUGGCGCAGUUCCACAACGCCAGGCAGCUCUCCGCCUGGUGCCUGCACCACAUCUGCACCAACUACAACAGCGUGUGCCGCAAGUUCCCCAAAGACAUGAAGGCCAUGUCCCCAGAGAACCAGAAGCACUUUGAGAAGCAGCGCUGGCCGCCGGUCUGGUUCCUGAAGGAGGAGGACCGCUACCUGCGCUCGCGGAAGGAGCGCGAGCGGGAGGAGGAGAUCCUGCGCAAGCAGAACACCAAGAGGGGCUGGUGCUUCUGGAGACACACCUCCUCCACCGCCCCCCACAUCUCCUGAGGCUCCGCCCCCGCUCCCCCUCCCAGCCCCCAGCCCUCCAAC